AUGAAAUCCCUUCUAGUGUUGGUUUGUUGGGUUGUGUUAGUGUGUGUAAUAAUUGAGCUUGAGGGAUAUGGAAGUUUAGGAUGCAUAGAUGAAGAGAGGAUUGGCCUUUUGAAUCUUAAGAAAGCGUUUAACUCUCCAAACGCUGCGGCCUCGGCAUUUCAUUCUUGGGAUGGAGAGGAGAGUAAUUGCUGCGAAUGGGAGAAUCUGCAAUGCGACUUUAUUACAAAGCGAAUUGUUCGACUUUCACUCAACAGCACCAGAACUAUAGGUUGGGGGUACCUGGAUUUCUCUUUGUUUCUUCCUUUCCAAGAUUUGCAGGAUUUGAGCUUGGCUAGAAAUCACUUAAUAGGUUCCACUGGACUCACCGAAAUUCCAUCCUUGGCCACAAUGCAAUCCUUGAAGUUUCUUGACGUUGGGUUCAAUAACCUGAAAAAUUUCACUAAUUUUAAUGAGAUAACGAAAUUGAGAGGCUUGGAGACGUUGGCAAUGACUAUGAAUCACAUGAGUAGUCAGAUACCUUCAUCACUUUGGUCAAUGACCUCUCUCAAGGCUAUUUCAUUUAGUUUCAACAAAUUGCAAGGCUCUUUACCGGCGGAAGUUUUCCAACAUUUAUACCUGAUUUUUUUCACGCGUACAGGUUUGUGCAAAUUAAGGAAGCUCGAAGAGUUGGAUCUGAGUUUCAAUAGCUUACAAGGGAUUAUUCCUUCAUGUCUAAGCAACUUGACAUCUCUUCGAGUCAUUCAACUAUCCCGCAACUUAUUUACGGGAACUAUUCCUCCAAAUCUCUUCUCUAACCUUCCCUCACUUGAAUAUGUCUCCCUCACAUACAACCACUUUGAAGGCUCAGUCUCACUCACUUCGUUUGGAAACAAUUCGAAACUACAAGUGUUUGAGCUUGAUAGCCAUAACAGCAAAUUGAGUGUAUAUACAGAAGAUCCACUCUGGAAACCGCUGUUUCAGUUGAAAGUUUUUCGACUAUCAAACUGUAUACUCAACGAGCCAAACAGAGUCGUACCAACUUUUCUUUGGAAUCAGUAUGACCUAAGAGUCGUAAACCUCAGUCACAAUGGCAUGACGGGAGAGGUCCCAACUUGGUUAAUCUCAAAUAACACGAGAUUAGAAACCCUUAGUCUCCAAAAUAACUUAUUGAGAGGUCUAGUGUUUUUGAACCCUGAUGUAUCAAAUCUCGAUCUUUUUUGGUUUGAUGUAUCACGAAAUCAAAUAGAAAGCCAGAUUCCAAAUUUCAUUGGUUCCAUCCUUCCAAAUUUGAAGUUUCUUAAUAUGACUAGGAAUAGACUUCAUGGGACAAUUCCAACAUCUUUGGGUGAUAUGAGAAAUUUGGAUGCAUUAGACUUGUCCCAUAACAAUUUAUCUGGAGAAAUACCCGAACAUUUGGUCAUGGGUUGUUAUUCUUUAAGUUUCUUGAAACUGUCGAACAAUAACUUGCAAGGACAGUUACUUCCUGCAAAGUCGAACCUCACUAACCUGUGGUCCUUGUACUUGCAUAAUAAUCACUUCUCGGGAGAGCUAUCUCGUGGACUGUUGAACAGCCGUGACUUACAAUGGCUAGAUAUAAGCAACAACAACAUCACAGGCCAAUAUCCCGAUUGGAUUAGUGGUUUUCGGUCUCUGAGUACACUUGUGUUGUCUAGAAAUUAUUUGCAAGGUACCGUGCAUACAAGCUUAUGUGAACUUCAGAGGCUAAGCUUUUUGGAUCUUUCUGCUAACAAUCUAAACGGUAUUUUUCCUUCUUGUGCCAAUCUCACUUCACUAAAAUACCUACAUUUACAAGGGAACCAACUUGUGGGACCAAUACCGAGUAUUUCAUCUUCAUCAUCAUCCUCCCUCGUGACAAUGGAUAUUAGACACAAUCAAUUUUCAGGGGAAAUUCCUAGUUGGAUAAGUUCGUUCUUGAAUUUGAGGGUUCUUCUCUUGAAAGGAAAUAGCCUCCAAGGCUCGAUUCCUAAUGAACUGUGUCAGCUCGGAAACCUUAGUAUACUCGAUCUAUCUUCCAAUAAUUUUUCCAACAUCAUACCUAAGUGCUUAUAUAGAAUACCAUUUGGCGACAAAAAAGAGCUGGAUGAUACAUUUUCCAGACAAGAACUAGGUUGGACAACAUAUAGACCCCUCAGGACAUACGCCUUUGAAUGUCCAUUCGAUAUAACGCCAUAUACCCAAGCAGAUUUCCACAUGUCUGAUGUAGCGGAGGAGUUUGAAUUUAUAUCAAAGCGCAGAUUGUUGUCCUAUCGAGGAAACAUGCUGUACCACAUGUCCGGAAUUGACCUUUCAAUGAAUAGCCUGACAGGUACUAUCCCGGACGAGCUUGGGAAUCUUAGCAGUGUCCAUACGUUGAACUUGUCACACAACCACUUGACCGGAAAAAUUCCGACCUCGUUUUCUAACUUGAACAGAAUCCAGAGCCUCGAUUUAUCACACAAUAGGUUAACUGGUGAAAUCCCGCAAGAGCUGAUACGGUUGAACUUCUUAGGCGUCUUCUCAGUGGCGUAUAAUAACUUGUCGGGUAAAAUACCAGAUCCGAAAGCUCAAUUUGGAACAUUUGACGCUACAAGCUAUGAGGGCAACCCACUCCUUCGUGGACCACCGUUGGAUGAAGGUGGCACUAGAACCGAAGAUAUUCCUUCCGCACAACCACCUACAGAUUAUUUCGAGGAUGAUUUAUUCAAAGUUUCAUUUAUGUGGAGUUUUACCAUCUCGUACAUUGUCGCAUUACUAGGAGCCAUUUCUUUUCUCACACCUUCGUCUCUCCACCUCCGCAUCACCGCCGUCCCUCCGUCACCUUCGUCUCAUCUUCCUCCCCUAUCAUCUGCCAGCGCUCGUCACCUCAGCCCCGACAUCAUCUCUCGAUCUUCCUUGUUUUUCCUCAACUGUCUUCGUCUCUGA